UUUCAUUGUUACAGAUUGCUCAUACACAAAGUUUUUCUCGCCAUUUGAAAACGGGAUAUCGUCUGGGUAGGGUCUAAAUUAUCUUUUAUAAAAUGGCUGAUAUACAAGACAACGUUAUCGAUAUGGUGUACAAAAUGCAACGAUUUUCUUGGGUGGAUUAUGUGGUAUUUGUUUUUAUGUUGGCAAUUAGUGCAUUUGUUGGUGUUUAUUGGGGGUUUCUGAAGAAACAGACUACUCAAAGCGAUUAUUUACUUGGAGGAAGAAAUAUGCAGGUUCUUCCGGUAUCAAUGUCUCUUGUUGCCAGUUUCAUAUCCGGUAUAACAUUGCUGGGUUCACCAACAGAGGUGUACAUGUACGGUACUCAGUACUCCUACAUCAUCAUCGGAAUCUUUCUCAUGUCUAUCUUCAUGACUCAAGUCUACCUGCCCGUGUUCCAUGAACUUAAAAUCACGUCCAAUUAUGAGUAUUUGUCGCUGAGAUUUGACAACAAAGUACGUUUAUUUGGAUCUAUCGUCUUCGUUAUUGCAAUGAUUGGCUGGCUACCAAUUGUCAUAUACGUCCCCGCACUGGCUUUUAAUCAAGUGACGGGUGUAGACAUACACAUAAUAACUCCAAUCGUAUGUUUGGUGUGCAUAUUCUACACGAGUGCUGGUGGUCUGCAAGCCGUGGUAUGGACUGAUGUCAUCCAAAUAACAGUGAUGAUGGGAGCCAUGGCUUUAGUCGCAGUCAAGGGAACCCUGGAUGUCGGGGGAUUUGGUGUGGUGUGGUCCCGAAAUAUGGAAAGUGGGCGGAUUGAAACACCAAAUUGGGACUUCAACCCCACAGCUCGGCAUACGAUAUGGAACCUGGUUAUUGGUGGUUUGAUGUACUGGUUGCAAGCCAAUUCUGUAAACCAAACAAUGGUUCAACGUUAUCUAGCUUUGCCGACCUUGCGCAAAGCUAAAUGGGCGGUGUUUUUAUUCUGCAUUGGAAUAUCAGUCCUAUACUGCUUCUGUUUAUACUGUGGCCUAUUGAUAUAUGCUAGAUUUUACGAUUGUGAUCCACUCCAAACCAAGUUAGCGAAGGCCAAGGAUCAAUUACUUCCACUUCUGGUUAUGGAUGUCCUUGGAGGCAUUCCCGGUCUUCCAGGUAUAUUUCUUGCUGGUAUAUUCAGUGCUGCGUUAAGUUCACUCUCAACUAGCCUAAACUCAAUAUCAGCUGUUGUUCUGGAAGACUUCUACAAACCAUUUUACAGCAAGCAGCUUUCGGAUAGACAAACGAACUGGCUUCUAAAAGGAGUUGUUAUCGUCGUAGGAGUCCUCUCUUUAGGACUUACGUUUAUCGUUGAGAAACUGGGAACCAUAUUACAACUAACGAUGACACUGGAAGCCAUCACAAUGGGACCUCAACUGGGAGUGUUCACUUUGGGUAUAUUGAUGCCCUGGGUGGACGCAUUGGGUGCUUUGGUUGGUGGAUUGAGUGGAUUGGUUCUAAUGGCGUGUUGGUGUUUAUCAGCGCAGAUGGCAAUUGCUAGAGGCUAUAUAACCCACCCACACAAACCGUUAAGUACCAGCGGAUGUCUGUACAACUACACUAUCCCUCAAAUUAAUUCAACAGAAAGUGUCGAGGUAAGUUCAAUACUACACGUGUCAUAUAUGUGGUACACGCUAGUCGGGGCGCUAGUAACAAUGUUCGUGGGCGUCGUGAUAUCUGGUGUGAACAAAGCUAGAGGAAAGGCUUACGUCCCCCCCGCACCGAAGCUCCUAGCGCCGCAGAUCAGGAAACUGUUCCGAGAACCUCCGCACCCAACCGAUGAUCAGUACAUACGGGCUUAUGAAUCUCAGGAUGGAACUACGAACAAGUCUUCUGUGAUGCACAUGAAAGAUUUAAAAUGAGGUGACAAAAGAUGAAAUACAAUAAACGUUUUGAUAAAA